UGUACCGCCAGUUGUGUGUAUAAAAUACUCGCGCUCUAUAUCGGCCCUAAUAACUACAGAGGACCACAAAAUGUGUUUAACUUAACUUUUGAACGUACGUUUAACACCGGCAGAACAGGAGAGAUGUGUGAAGUGUCUUUAAUUUAGGGUGUGACUUAACUUAAAAGGCGGUGCUAAGGGGUUUAAGCUUAAAUACAAUUUAAACUGAUUGAAGACGGAAAGGACGAAAAAAUCGAAAAAGUUAAGCAUUUAAUCUCUACACUGAUACUAUUAUUGGAAUAAAAGAGAAGAAUUAAGCUUAAUGUUCUUACACAAAUUAAUAUUGAAUGAAUAAAAAAACACGCACACCGGAAAAAAAUACAAGGGAAUUUAUUACAUAUUUCAAAACAUACGUUAUUUAUACUCUUCAAUAAAAUAUAGCGGAUUUUGUACAAUUUUUUAUAUUUUUUUUUAAUAUUAUAACUUAAAUUAGGAAGGAUCAAUAUAAAGAUGACAAUUUAAAAUAUUGAAGACAAAAAAAUGAAAACAUUUUGGAAGUAAUGCAAUGUGAAAUACUAACAAAGUGGACAUAACAUAUCUGGGAUAAAAUAAAUCGUACAACUUUAAUUGACCAACCAAAAGGGUAAUGAUAAAAACACGGAAUUAUAUAGGUGUUAUAGUAAAUAGAAAAAAGCAUGGAUACAUUUGCAAAAGACACUAAAACAUUUCUACUAUAUCUGUGUUCUAACACGUGGACGUAAUUCUCAUCUCAGAAAAGCAAAUUGUAACCUGAAAUUACAUUCAAUCUGUGGACAUCUAAAAGCUCUCAGCUGAUGGUCAAUUUGUUAACAGGGCUUAAAAGCUGACGCGAGCAAAAUGACAAUAGGUUCUGUGUCAUAACAGACAUUUUAAUAAGAAGAUGACUGUCGUAGUGCUACUUUUAUGGAUAUAUGGGGCUUGUGUUACGGUCAUGGCAUUCUCAUACUCAAAUAACGACCACAGGGCUUCUAAUGAUAUAAGUUUGGAUUUUGAGCAUUUGGAACGCUUAGGACAGACGGACAGUCUUAUCAAAGCGUUGAAAGAUAUUGCACGGAGUUCACACGAUUGUGGUGUACGGGAUGUACCGAAAUUACGGCGUAAAUUCCUUACUAACGAUAGUGUCACGUGCAAUGAUGGCUCGCCUGCAGGGUACUUCAUUCGAAAAUCAUAUGGAAGCAAAAAGUGGAUUAUUUUUCUCGAAGGUGGAUGGUACUGUUUUGAUAAUGUCAGUUGUCAAAUGAGAUGGGCUAGCAAUAUGAAGAAAUUUAUGAGCUCAAAAGGCUGGCCGAAGAAGAGAAAAGUUACAGGUAUAUUGUCCUGGAACCCAGAAGAAAACCCAUAUUACUUUCAUUCCAACAUUGUAUAUAUUCCAUAUUGUUCAAGUGACACAUGGAGUGGCACUGCAUCGAUGGGAACCAACGGAAAUGAAUUUGCUUUCAUGGGUUCCCUAAUUUUAGAAGAAGUGAUUAAAGAUCUCAUUCCACGUGGUCUUAAACACGCCACAAAAUUAAUACUCACUGGCAGCAGUGCGGGCGGUACGGGUGUUCUUAUCAAUUUAGAUCGUGUAGCCAAUCAGAUGGCAAAGCUGGCACCGGAAGUUGAGGUGCGCGGUAUUGCAGACUCAGGCUGGUUCCUAGAUUAUCCACAAUACAGAUAUAAAGACUGUGUUGAGGCACUGUCAUGCGCACCAACGGAUGGAAUAAAGCGGGGAAUCAAAAUGUGGAAUGGGCGGGUACCAGAAACAUGUAUGGAAGAAUAUACAGAGUCUGAACAUUGGAGAUGUUAUUUUGGUUACAGGCUCUACAAAACUUUAAAAAAUCCCCUAUAUGUGAUACAACAUUUGUUUGACGAGGCUCAGAUUCUGGUGGACAACGUAUUCGAGCAAACUCAAAUCAAGGGAGACAACUCCGCCGCUACUGUCACAAAACCUCAAUGGGAGUAUCUUCACAAACUUGGCCAGGAAGUCAGAAAAACUUUAGAAAAUGUGUCAGCUGUGUUUGCUCCAUCCUGUCUGUCACAUGAGAUAUUGACGCGAUAUGAUUGGUUUAACGUCAGUAUAAAUAGUAUUAAACUAGGUCAAUCUAUCUAUUGCUGGGAAAACAGCUACAAGUACGACAAAUGCCUCAUAAAAACAGCAUCAGUAAAUGCUCUAGACACUUUGCAAGGUGAUUCGCCAAAGACAAACGAUUCCAAAGCUACGAGAAGAAGGAGAAAGAAUAGAAAAAAUAAGAAGAAAAAGAAGAAGAAAAGAGAUAGAGAAAGGAAACGAGAUAAUCGUGCAAACUCUAAAAGCCGGAAAGGCAGGAACAAAAAGAGAAGUAAGGGACGACGAAAAAGUAGACACCGACGUCAUCAGCAUCCUAGUGGUAGUUGUUUCCACCAUCUUAUUGACUCAUGUCCACUCCCACAAUGCAACGCAUCAUGUCCUAAAUAUAGAAACAGGUUUACUGGUGACGAAAUGGACUUUUUUCGAAUGUUUAUACGUUAUGGAAUAGAUAAAAAGGACAUUGCGUCUCUGCUGGGAAAGGAUGUUUCUGUCAUUCAAAGAAUGGACGAUAGCACUCUUACAAGACUUAUCAUGGAUUUUGUUGGAAGGGGGAGCUAGAGCUCAGUCAACGUCAAAUGGUGUUUGAUAAUAAGGGGAGAAAACCGCGUUAAACCAAAGAUUAAACUAUUAUACAAUCUACAUGGAAAUCUUGUGUAUUUUUUACCAGCGAUGGCUACAAAAAAAUGGCCAGACAAUUAACAAAUGUGUUUUGCGUCUUUGCUUUGGAUGGGAAAUAUUGGACAGUUAAAGUUCCAUGACAAUUUAAUAUUACCUCAAACAUUUUGUUGUAAUUUAUAUUUUGUCUGUGCAGCUUUUGAUGCAUAUAGUUAUUCACAUAUUUUGUGAACAUGUUUUAAUAUUUGUAAAUAUGUAUACAUAUAUAUAUGAUUAUAAUUUUUCACUCAUAAAACGGGAUAUCUGUAAAUACGGUUUACCAAUUAAGACCAGUAUUCGACGAUAAAACGGGAUAUUUGUAAAUAAGAUCAUCAUGUUUUCACGCUUAUCUUUUUAUGAUUAUAACCCUUACCCCACAAAAUAUCUUAAAUGGACUUGUCCAUUUUUUUAAACGGAACAAGACCAUUCAUUAUUUUUAGGGAAUUUUUUAGAAUAAGUACCGACUAAUCAGCGAACAGAUGCAGGCUAUGGUUUUGAUCUGCGCUGGUCGCAUGCGGGUAGAUUCGGUCGCCGGUUAAGAUAGGACAUCAGUAUAUACAAUUAACUGCAUUUUACCAUUUUCCCACAUAUCACAUGAGAUAUAUAUAGAAGCAGUAUGAUAUUCUAACUUUGUCUUACUUUUGAUUUGCAAAUUAAUUUUUAGGUAUAAGGUUUAUCUUUCUAUAGGGAAAUUGUGAUCUAUCAUUAAUGACUUACGUCUGUAUGAUGACUUUUUUUCAAAAUAUGAGGUUAUUUUACCACAAAUCUUCUGUCGAUGAGCCGUCUUUAUAAAAAAGAUUAUUUACGAAAGAAAGAAACUUUUGUCCUGUUAAACUUUUUAUCAUUAUUUGUAAUAGUGUCUUUGUUUACUAGAUAUUACAUAUUUUUUUCAAUUUUUUUUUUAUCAUAUUCAGUUUGUUAAACUAUUUGAUACAAGUUUAGUGAAGAAUUUGAUUUUGAUUUAAGUAUAAUGGACUUUUGUUUCUAUUGAUUUACUGUUGUGCGUCCGACUUUUGUUUGAUGGAUCUUUACGGAGACCGUGUGAUGUAGAAGUUAUCUGUCUCCAUAGACCGGCAAGAUUAGUCUCCCUUGUUUGAAGAUUUACUAUAUGCAUAGAUUUCCUUCCGUCAAUGUCACUUCACUUUGCCAUUCUUCAUACAAUUAUAUUUUUACAUCAGCAUUACAUAUCUAAGGUUAAUAUAUGAAAGGGUAAUUAUAUAUGAUAAAGUAAAUUUGCAAAUCCGGGUUGAACGUACAGCGUGUACUGUUAAUUAUUCGAACCAACCAGACAGUUUUAAUAAUAACUGAUUCUUAAUGUGUGUUAAUGUCUCAUUUGUCCAUGAAUAAAAUCGUUGUUGGUGUAUUUCUUUAUAUGUAUAUAGUUAUAUUAUUAUUUAAAAUUCGCAUAACAAUAAUUUAAAAUCCGGGUUUUUCAAGUGGAAUUAAGAAACUAUUUGAAAGACCCUGGUAAAAUGCAUUUAAAGUAUAUUUUGAUGGUUUCAUGUCAACUCUCAUCACACAAUAAAAGUGGAUGAUUUAGUAAGAUUUAGGUUACUGUCUUAAGUCUGUUGAAGUUUACAGUUUAUAUAUUCAUUAAUGUCAAGGUCACGGAUAUUUGAUACUUGUACGUGUUUUUGUCCAGUACUUUUUAAAGAGAAAAAAUUUAAACUCAGACUGAAUAUAUUAAUUUUCUUUUACGGGUAUUUUACAUAUGUAUAUUUUGUGUACAUAGUAAAAUUCUUUUGAAAAUAAACAAAAAAGUCGUGUUUUAUAUCCGUGUUUGUUUUUCCUAAUGUUGACAGUUUAUCGU